UUUUGGGAGUAAUAAUUAUUGUUUUUUAACCAACUUUGAUGUAAUUGGUUUUCUUGAUAAUUUGACAAGUUAUUAAUUUUAUAAUUUUAAAGGGAAAAUUGGGUUUUGUAAAUUUGUGAGUUUUAUGUGUGAUUUGAGUUUUUUCUUGAUUUUAUCGAGUUGCGUGAAAGCUGGCUCGGAUAACAAGGGAAAUUGAGUUUGCAAGAUCGAGAUUGUUGAUCAGUCGUUGAAGUUUCAUCGAGUAAUAAGUAAAUCAACAGUCAAGAAUCUCUGAUUAGUGUGAAGUACAAUCUUCGGAAACUCAUGAUAUCAUAGGCCACUAUCUCUUCUAACCAUCGUCUAGCGUGCUCGUGUGUGUUCAAAAGUAAAUCGGGAUCUGGGAAUUGAAUGGAAAUGUGAAUUUUCCAAGGAUUUGUGUGAUCAGGUGAUAACAAAUUCGUGUGGUUGUUGCGCGUAUGCUGGGAAUCUGAUAAGUUGAUCCUCUAGUCGAGCUUCGCGUUGUGAUUUUUUGGAUUUGAACUUACCAUGGAUGAAGCUCCUUGCAGCACCAAUGCACUGCCCCCGUUUAUUGCGAAGAUAUAUGAAAUGGUGGAUGAUCCCUCCACGGAUCCAAUAGUCUCGUGGAGUUCAAAUAAUAAAAGCUUCAUUGUUCGGAACCCUCCCGUUUUUGCAAGAGAUUUGUUGCCUAGAUACUUCAAGCACAAUAAUUUUUCCAGCUUUAUUCGACAGCUAAACACUUACGGAUUCAAGAAAAUAGAUCCCGAGCAAUGGGAAUUUGCAAACGACGAUUUUCUCAGAGGUCAGCCACAUCUUUUGAAGAAUAUCUAUAGACGGAAACCUGUUCACAGUCACUCUGCACAGAAUACUCAUAGCGUUUCAUCUGCGUUGACUGAAUCGGAAAGACAUGGGUAUAAGGAGGAUAUUGAAAAGUUGAAGCGUGAGAACGAAUUGCUUCAUUCAGAACUACACAGACAUAAACAGGAUCAUCAAGGACUUGAAAUGCAAACGCAGGUUCUUACCGAACGUGUCCAACAAGUUAAAGACCAACAAAAGAACGUGCUGUUUACUUUAGCUCGAGUCAUAAAUAAACCAGGAUUAGCUUUGAGUCUCAUGCCGCAGCUGGAAAUGAAUGAAAGGAAGAGACGUUUGCCGGGAAACACCUUUCUUUAUAACAAAACAGGCUUUCAAGAUAAUCAACCGAGUUCUUCCGAAAAUUCGACUAGGGAAAAUACGGAACCAACUUCUCUUUUGACUCUCAACAAGGAAGCGCUAGAUCAGUUGGAAUCUUCUUUGACCAAUUGGGAGCACAUACUGUAUGAUACCGAUCAAGAUGCGGUGAGACGGAGUUCUUCAAUGGACUUGGAUGAAUCUAUUAGUUGUGCCGAUAGCCCUGCUAUGUCUUACCCACAACUAACUGUUGACGUUGGAUCUAAGGUUUCUGGUAUUGACAUGAAUUCCGAGCCUAAUGGAAACGCUACUCCUGAUGUUACUCCACCAGAAAACCGAGUAGAGACUGCUAGUAAUGUGCCAACAGGAGUAAAUGAUGUAUUCUGGGAACAAUUCCUGACUGAGAACCCUGGUUCUACUACUGAUGUAAAGGCGGAAACGGAAGACACGGAGAGCAAAAUAAGUGAAUCCAAGACAGUUGAGAACGGGAAAUUUUGGUGGAAUACGAAGACAGUAAAUAGCCUUACAGAACAGUUGGAACAUCUUACUCCAGCAGACAGAUCGUAAUGUGGCAGGUCAUGUACUUUUUCUGAUAGUAAAUGUUUUUCCUAAACGUUUUUUUAACCUCUGCUGUGUUGUAAAUUUAGAGAAAGUGAUUGUCAGAGUACAUAGAUUUUUGGUAUAUUGACCUUACCUGGCAUUGCAUGAUAUAGUGAAUGAUAGAGUCGAUCAGUCUUGAUGCUA